UUUAGCUUUCUUUAAAAUACAAAAAGGGGCCAAGAACUGUGAAUUAACUAUAGAUAUUUAAUUCAGAACAACGUUGUUAUUAUGAAGACAGUUAGAGCGAACUGUAAUUAUGUCUUCGCUCGGCUUCCGUAGGCAUUCCUUCACUGUCAGUCAGCGGCGGUGACAGUCAAACAUCGGGAAGCUCUGGUUCUGAAAUAUGGAGGAGAUUAACAGCAUUGAAGUGGUUCCGUGCACAGAGUCCAACUACCUGAAACCGUUCCGGGUGUCCUACAACCAGAACGGCACAAAGAAAUCCUGGGACUUUAUGCGAACUCAUGACAGUGUGUCUGUGCUGAUCUUCAACACCUCCUCACACUGUUUCAUCCUGGUCAAGCAGUUCCGUCCAGCCGUGUACAUGUGCGAGUGGGAGAAGACCAAGACCCCUCAGCCCGCCGAAAAGGCCGAAGAGGGCGAAGCCUCGGAGUCUCAGGAGGCUCAGCCGGCCUCGGCGGAGGAGAGCUCGUCCCAGUGGCCCCCGGCCUCGGCGGGGGUCACCUACGAGCUCUGCGCCGGCCUGGUGGACAAACCGGACCUCUCCCUAGAGGAGAUCGCACGGCAGGAGGUGCUGGAGGAGUGCGGUUACGACGUGCCUGCUUCCAAACUGAAGAGGAUCACUUCCUACAGAUCGGGCGUGGGUGUAACGGGCUCCAAGCAGACCAUGUUUUACGCCGAAGUGUCCGACGACAACUGCGUGAGCGCGGGCGGAGGGGAGCCACACGAGGGGGAGUUCAUCGAGGUGGUGAAAGUCCCGCUGCACGAGGCCAUGACGUUCGCCUACGAUGAACGUAUACCCAAAACCAUGGGCGUCAUUUUUAGUUUCAUCUGGUUCCAUAAUAACAUGUCUCCCAAGUACAAAAUCUCCACCAACGUGUAACUAGCAUUAACUAAUGUCAUUUAUUCCACCUUAAAUCAAACACAGACACACACACACACACACUGCCCCCCACCAUGGCUCUGUCCUCUGUUGCCUUUUUGCUUUUCGGUACACGAUGAAGGGUGGGCUUCUACUACCACAUUUCUCUUAAAAAAAAGAAGUUAGCCAUA